AUGGCGCCGAAUAUAACAAGCACACCGACGGGAGUGCUAUUUGAAGGUGAAACUCUUGGCGAGACGCAACUAAUUGAAGAGCUCAAGGAAAAACCUAAAUAUGUUAGGCGCAUCGUUUGGAGAAACGUGAUGAUUUUCUCGUUUCUACAUCUCGGCGCCCUUUACGGAAUUUACCUCACAUUCACAUCCGCUAAAUUAGCAACCGUCAUUUUUGCAAUUUUUCUGUAUCAACUCAGUGGUUUGGGAAUCACAGCCGGAGCUCACCGACUCUGGGCACACCGAUCCUACAAAGCCAAGUGGCCUCUCCAGCUGAUACUCAUGAUUAUGAAUACUAUAGCGUUCCAGGAUGCAGCGAUCGACUGGGCCAGAGAUCACAGGGUUCAUCACAAAUACAGCGAAACCGACGCUGAUCCGCAUAACGCAAGAAGAGGUUUCUUCUUUUCGCACGUUGGUUGGCUGCUCUGUAGGAAACAUCCGGAAGUUAAGAAAAAGGGCAAGGGUAUCGAUUUAAGUGAUCUUGAGAGCGAUCCCAUAUUGGCAUUCCAAAAAAAAUAUUAUACCAUACUGAUGCCAUUGAUGUGCUUCAUUCUGCCAACUGUUAUUCCGGUCGUGUGUUGGAACGAAACCUGGACAAAUGCUUACUUUAUUCCUACCAUCCUCCGUUAUAUCUUUACAUUGAACAUGACAUGGUUAGUGAACUCUGCGGCUCAUCUCUUCGGCAACAAACCCUACGACAAGUAUAUCAAUCCAUCAGAGAACAAAAGUGUUGCCAUAUUCGCCCUCGGUGAAGGUUGGCACAAUUACCAUCACGUCUUUCCUUGGGAUUACAAGACGGCCGAGUUUGGCAAUUACAGGGUCAAUUUUACGACGGCCUUCAUCGAUUUCUUCGCGAAGAUCGGCUGGGCAUACGAUUUAAAGAGCGUAUCUGAGGAUAUGGUGAGGAAACGAGUAGAGAGGACAGGCGAUGGCAGCCACGAGUUAUGGGGUUGGGGUGAUAAAGAUCAAACGCAGGAAGAAAGAGACGAAGCGAUAGUAACGCACCAUCACACAAAGGAUCAGUAGGAUCCUACGAGUGUAUGUGCAAGACUGUCGAUUAAGUAAGACUUUCUUCGCAUUCGUUCACUACGGUCACGAAUUGAUUCGUUUGGACAAAUUUCAUAAAAAAUAUAUGUAUAUUUGUGUCGGCCUUCCCCAGGACUUACGUCUCGACCGUCGCGCAUCUCGUCGGUUCCGACAUGUCGUUGCAUAAUUAUUUGGCGGGUUCCAUAUAAUACAGAUUUGGAAGGCUCGACAGGAUUUUUAUAAUGUCGAUGGUGUUCUGGAUUGCGCACGCGAUGUACUCGCUCGAUAAACUUUUUUACCUCCUUUUCUCUCUCAGCUAUAGAAAUUGAUAUACAGAAUUAUCUUCCGAAUUAUACUAUGUAGUUAUUGAACAGUUUGUAUUAUUCAUACAAUUUUUAAUUCAUAAUCGUAA